UCCUCACGAGCUCAGUCAAUGGAGCAGUAGACAGAAAAGUCAACAUAGCCAUCACAACUUACAUUUACAACUUUUUGAAGCGUUUAUUUUGUUGGAUUUUCAUCUUCGACUUUAGUGAAAACUACUCUUGACUGUUUCUUCAGCUGACGUUGAGCAGGACUGUCGAGAAGACACGAAAAGAUGAAAUACAUUAUAGGAAUUGGCGGCGUCACUAAUGGUGGCAAAACCACCCUGACAAAUAAGUUGAUCAAGACAUUGCCAAACUGCUGUGUUGUGCACCAAGAUGACUUUUUCAAGAAACCUGAUCAGAUAGAAGUCGGAGAGGACGGCUUUAGACAAUGGGAUGUAAUCACAGCUAUGGAUAUGGAGGCCAUGACCAACACAGUAAAAGGAUGGAUGGAGAACCCGGUCAAGUUCGCCCGCUCCCACGGCGUCAGUCUGUCUCCUCCAUCUGAUGUGGCCGACCCGGACAAUCAGAUUCACAUUCUGAUCGUGGAAGGCUUUCUGCUCUACAACUACGCGCCCCUGCUGGACGUUUUUGACAAGAGCUUUUACAUCACGAUACCCUACGAGGAGUGCAAGAGAAGGAGAAGUACAAGACAGUACACCGUCCCUGACCCCCCCGGCCUGUUCGACGGCCACGUGUGGCCCAUGUACCUGAAGCACAGGAAAGAGAUGGAGAGCUGUGGCUUGAAUAUUGAGUGCUUAGAUGGUUUGAAGUCCAAAGAGGAGAUCUACACCCAGGUGUAUGAGAGCAUUCAGAACAACUUGCUCAAUCGUUUAUAGCAGGAAGACUCCUCUCCAUCCCUGUACAGAAGUUGUAAAUAGUUCCAUGGAUUCUUUUUUAUGAAGUUUUUUUUAAUUUAAUUGUUUGUGAAUGAAACAAAGCAAUGUUAACUUAUCAUUGUUUUUAUCAUCUUGAGAUGAUCAAUAUGUUUUUUUUUCCCUUUCAAAUUGAUUGUUGAAGCAGCAUUUCUCUGUUACUGUUUUUUUUGAAGCACUGACUUAUACCGGACCAUUUGUCACAUUCUCCUAAUAAUAAAUAUGUUAGUUGCUGUUGAUAGACAGUACAUCAAGAA